AUGUGUGUGAUCUUCUCCAACAUCAAUAUGGACUAUGGCUCAAUGCUUUGGGCUCAAUUGGUCCAAAGUACCCUUUCCACUACACCACACAGUGAGAUUUCUUGUGCUCGUUUCGGGACUAUUGUGGUUCAACGAGUGAUUAAUAAGCUUAACAUCCCCGUCCUUGAGGAUUCCCAUAUGGUAGCUAUUCAAAUCUUCCACACCACCAACAUUAUUCUCGCAGAUAAUCGCAAGUUCAACUUUAGUGGCUCAAUUCCGGAAUCCAUGCUUCGAGAUGUUCCAGCUGCAAGUGACAUACUACGAGCCUAUGGUAGUCUACCAGUCUCUAGUUUUCUCCCAAUAACUGAUGAAGUCCAAAAGAUCCUUGCCGAGGCAGUUAAACCAAAGAAGGGUGGAAAGAAUAGAGGUGUGAAAGCUGGUCCAUCUGAACCUCCUCAAGCUUCAAAAAAGAAGGCGGUAAAGAAACCGGCUAGCAGGCCACAAACUCCAACACCGAGUAACCACGACGACUCGCAGUCAAACACGGUUUCGGAGGUAACUUUUGAAAUUCCUACCUCUGUUCCUAUCAGAGAUGAUUGUAUCUAUAGGGUUUCGCAACAACAAACUACUCUAGCACAGUCAACCCCAUUAUUCACAGAUUCAACACCCACUAUAACAACUACCAUCGAUGAACCUCCAAUGUUUUCCAAGGCAUCUAAUGUGGGGGCAGGUGCUUCAGGUUUCACAUUCAGUCAUUCUACACAACCCAUCUCACCUCUUUGCCAAAACGAUCCAGAUACAAUUUUUGGUGAACAUGAAGAGGAUUUUGGAUGUUUCGCCUACAUUUCCUUCAACAUUAGGACUGAAAGUGAUGAUGAUACUCUGGUCACCAAAACGAAACUCAAGGAUAUUAACGAGAAGCUGGAUUCGCUAAUUAAAGCCUCUAAAACCUUAACUAGCGAUGAGUAUUCUCAGGCAAAGAUCAAGUCUUUUCUUGAGACCCUCACCAAAGAACACCCUACAAAUCUAGAUAUGACCAAUAUAGUUGUUGAUGCUUCAACUUCAGUUUGUAAGGAAAUGAUGGAAAAAGUUGAUAAACUAAUCACUAAUGCUUGA